CCGACCUGUCUGACGUUACACCGCCUUCUUUCAUUUCCAGCUCGGCGGAUCUCCAUUUUCUUCAGGCCGACGUACAGGAAAAGGGGAUUAAACUCGUGAAAAAAAAUGAAUGAAGAAUACGACGUUAUCGUACUGGGAACCGGACUUACGGAAUGCAUCCUGUCCGGGAUCAUGUCUGUAAAGGGGAAGAAGGUCCUGCAUAUGGACAGGAACUCUUACUAUGGAGGAGAGAGUGCCUCCAUCACCCCUCUGGAGGAUCUUUACAAGCGUUUUAGCCUUCCUGGCAGCCCUCCUGAGUCGAUGGGGAAGGGCCGUGACUGGAAUGUGGACCUCAUCCCCAAAUUUCUUAUGGCCAAUGGUCAGCUGGUGCGUAUGCUGCUGAUCACACAGGUGACACGUUAUCUGGACUUCAAAGUGAUUGAGGGCAGCUUUGUCUACAAAAAGGGAGGCAUCUACAAAGUGCCCUCCACUGAAACUGAGGCUCUGGCUUCCAGCCUGAUGGGGCUGUUUGAGAAGAGACGGUUCCGGAAGUUUCUGGUUUUCGUUGCCAACUUUGAUGAGAAUGACCCCAAAACCAUGGAAGGUGUAGACCCCAAUAAGACUACCAUGCGUGAUGUUUACAAGAAAUUUGACUUGGGCCAAGAUGUCAUUGACUUCACAGGCCACGCAAUUGCCCUCUACCGCACAGACGAUUAUCUGGAUCAGCCCUGCAUAGAGACAUUAAACAGGAUUAAGUUGUACAGUGAGUCCUUGGCAAGAUAUGGGAAGAGCCCCUAUCUUUACCCCCUGUAUGGUCUUGGAGAACUCCCCCAGGGCUUUGCCAGAUUAAGUGCCAUCUAUGGAGGAACAUACAUGCUGAACAAGCCAAUUGAAGAGAUUAUCGUUGAGAAUGGCAAAGUAGUGGGUGUGAAAUCUGAAGGAGAGAUUGCUCGCUGUAAGCAGCUGAUUUGCGACCCCAGCUACGUCACGGAUCGUGCCAAGGUCGUGGGCAAAGUGAUCAGGGUCAUCUGCAUUUUAAGCCACCCUAUCAAGAACACUUCAGACUCCAACUCCUGCCAGAUCAUCAUCCCUCAGAACCAGGUCAACAGAAAGCAUGAUAUCUAUGUGUGUAUGAUCUCAUAUGCACACAAUGUGGCAGCCCAGGGUAAAUACAUUGCCAUCGCCAGCACCACUGUGGAAACUAAUGACCCUGAGAGAGAGAUUAAACCAGCUUUGGAUCUGCUGGAGCCCAUUGAGCAGAAGUUUGUGAGCAUCAGUGAUCUGUAUGCUCCAACCGACCUUGGAGCUGAAAGCCAGGUCUUCAUCUCCCGCUCCUACGAUGCCACAACCCACUUCGAGACAACCUGUGAUGACAUCAAAGACAUCUACAAGCGCAUGACGGGCACAGACUUUGACUUUGCCGAGAUGGAGCGCAAGAAGAACGACAUCUUCGGCGACGGGGCUGAUCAGUAACUUAGCUCAAGGCACUGUUGAAUAUCCGAUAUUCAGAGGAUGGUAAUCUUAAAGAAAAUAUGAAAAAAGAAGAAAAAAAGGUAACCAAAAUGGGCUAGCUGAUGAUUUCAAGUAUAUGUUUAUGCCCAUAAAGGAAUUUCAUGUAUACAGUUACAAAUUUAGCAUUUAAAGGGGGGAGAAGGGUCUGGCAGUCUGCUUUGUAUAAUCAGGUUAAGAGACAUUGCACUGAUUGUUGGUUGACGUCCUGUAUCCAGUUGCCAUCGUGUCAUCAUGUUGUCACCCUGCUCGGACAGGGAGGACGUUCAGUCCAAAGAUGCCAAAUGAUCAGAUUUUUGCAAUUGAUAUAAAGGCACAUGUAAAAGAACUUUACAAAGAAGCAGAAGUAUUUUUUUAUAAUUAUGUGCAAAAACUCAAAUAAAGAUGGCCUCUCAAGCAGAAGUGUCUAGGAGCGCAAAACUGAGCGGACAAGGUUUGCAAAAGAAAUCCUGAAAAUGAAGCCGCAGUUACCAACUUUGAUGAAAAGAGUCAAUGCAUUGUAUUUUCCUACAGAUUGGUGCUUCAACUAGUUACUGGACUGUAGCUAAUAAUGUAUGUCCAAGCCUUGCUUUGCAAAUGUAAGGGAAGUAUCAAGCACACAAAAUGUAUAUAAUCAUCUUUUCCUUCAAGUACUACUCAUCCAGCCUCAUGUUAUAUACAGAUUUUGCUAAAUAUAAAUAAGGAAACUGCAUUAAUUUGACACAACUGACCUAUUGGCUGUAAAUUGUGCGGCUGUUAAUUGGUAGGAUGGGAUGCUUGGAGCUUUUCCAGCUAUUGCCUUUACAUCUCUGUUGCAAGGGGCAGUAUGUGAUCCUCAGGCCAACGGUCAGAGGUCAUCACAUGUCAGCGAGAAAGCUACUUAACUGUGUAAGUCUGCGAGAGCUGCUUGAACACUGUGCUUUAGAGGAACUGUCUCUGUUUUUGUUGCAGAGAGAGGAGCUCUUAAAAAAGCAGAUGAGAAAAGUGGCCUAGUUCUCCUUUAUAUCUCUGUUGUGUUAGAAAGGACCAAAUGUCUACUGCAGUAUUGGCAUGACGGGGGCCCUGUGCGAAAUGUCAUCAGUGUUUUAAACAACGGAAUAACUGUGCUGAGCAAAUGGGGCUCAAAUGAUUUCUGUACUGCAAAGUAAAAAUGUUAACUUGUGAAA